UCUGUCGUAAUUACUAGGUGCUAAUUAUCGGUGUUCGACGAAACAUAUUUGCGAGAAAAUGGAAUGAAUGAUUUCGAAAGUGCGAUUGGAAGUAUAUCGGCCUACAUUUUAUUAUAUGUGUGAUCUGAAUUACAUACACACAGCGUUAAACAAAUUCAAAUGGUUGCAUAGUCCUUGAUUACAUAGCGCCAUCUAACGAUAUCGGGUAGAUAUUUCUUCAACGUAUGGUUUGAAUCUUGGCUAAAAUAGAGUUUAAGGUCGGUAUUCAUUGUCGAAUCUUAUUUCAAGAUUGUUUUAAGUAAUGUCUUAAGAUGCGAAUACGGUUCUGUGAUUGGUUCAUGACAGUUCUUAAGAUAGUUCUUAAAAUAAUCUUAAAUAUAAGAUCGGACUAUGAAUACUUAGACUUUUAGCUGAAGUAUAGUUUGCGUCUCGGCUAUUAUUAGUUUAAAAAUCCGCUACGAGCCGCCACUAUUUUUAAUGAGAAAUCGAGCAUGUAAUACGACAAGACUACAAAAGCUAUUUAUUUUCAACUUAUAUAAGUCUACAAUGCAUAAUGAUACAUUAGUGUGAAUCCCACAGUUACUUAUUUUGACUCUAGAUGAGAUUCCCACAGUUACUUAUUUUGACUCUAGAUGAGAUUCUUGUCGCUGAUAUUUCGAUUGCGUAUACUUAUUAUUUUGUCAACGUGACACUUUUAGUUGCACCUAAGUGAGAAUAUGUUUUCAAUGAUAUGUUUGUCAUCCGCCUUCCUCUUAAUAACUCCGCUAAAAUGAAUCACUCUGCAAUGUGCUGGAACGAUCAUUAAAGAAGAAAAUUCACAUUUUAAUUAAGACGCUAUAAAUGUCAUUUAUAUUAGAUUUUUUCUUUACGCGAUGUCAAAACUUGUCAAAACGAUACGUUAUACGGUACAUUAUAGUCCGUAUAUUUUUAUGCGGGAAAGAGCGCAAGGUAGACGAGGAAAUUCCAUGUCUUCGUCAGUUGUUGCAUUGGAACGAGCAUCCCGCGGAGGGCAGGGGUAAAACGCAUGCGGCGAUCGUGCAUCGUCUUCGGCAAAUAGGUCGCGACGAUCUUGCCGAUUGGCUAGGUAAAACUGCUUUCAAGCAACUGGGAAAGGAUUUAAACGAUGCCAUCGCGCCAUCCCCCGAAAUGCCGUCCGUCGACGAGCAAACUGAAACCGUUCUCACGUUUCGCGCAACAGCCAAAUCUGUCACUUGGCUUCGAGAUGAAGAUCCUUGGCUGCCAAUUGACACGAUACUUCUAGCACUCGUGCUCGGAUUGUUGGGAACUUUGUUCAUUUUAAUCGCAGCCAUUAUUGUUCACACAAUUCAGAAUAAUAAAAAGUAAACAUUGAGCUUUACUCGUUCUCUUUUCAUUUCGAGAGAUUUAAUAUUUAUAUGGUGCAAAUGAGUCGGUCUGAUGCGUUUUAGGAACAAACUAUAUGCAAGGAUUUACAAAAUGAUAUUUACAAAAUUAUUUUUAUAUUUUCUCUCUUGUAAAACUCUUAAAACAUAACGCAAAUAUGUACAUAUUUAAGAGUGUCGUACAGGCAUAAAGUUGUGGCGAGCGAUUUUUCACGACAGCGCCAUUUCCAUAAUCAUCAAUGACGAUAAUCGGAGUUUAGCUCUCCGUAUUCUGUGUUCAGAGAGAGAGAGAGAGAGAGAGAGAGAGAGAGAG